UAACACGGCCGGUCAGUGGAACCAGGUGUUUGUUCAGCCUCAACCUGAAGACGAAGUCCACAUCGGAGUGGACCAGGACCCCAGAGAGACAUAUCUGGACGUUCUCUUCUCUCCGCUGCACUUUACCGCUUCAGCCAUCAUCAAAGCUCUACAGAUCUAUCGGCGAGGAGCAGAGAGGAGCAGUGAUUGGUCCUGGGACAGCCUGAAGAAGGAGGUGACGGUGGCAGUGGAGAGUGAGCUCUGUGUCCACCUGUCCGUCCUCUCUGUCCCUUCUGUCUGUCCCCAGCUGCAGAGCAGUGUGACAGAGUUCGAGUUCUCUCAGGAGGAGUACCGUCAGCUGCAGGUGGAGUUCUGGUCCAGGUUCUAUGCUUGCUGUCUUCAGUACCAGGAGUCUCUAUCUCUGCCUCUGGGACUGACCGUGUCCCCCAGCACAGCCAUGGUCUGUCUGCUCAGGAAGGGCUUUGUGUCCUUCCUGCUGCCCUGUUUUGCUGUGGAUCACCUCUACCUGUCCUAUGACGAGUACCUGUCCUCUGAGGACGAGACACCCAUCACUGAAGGUAAUCACACU